CGAGGCCGAUCCUAACUCCACUCCAGUCGCAGCAGAAGUUUAGAGGUAAAGACUCGCUAAACACGCAAGAAACCUGCCAAUUAGAGAAGAAAAAAACAAAACUGACGCAGAAUACAACUUUGCAGCCGACAUGGAUGACUUAGACGCUUUGCUGGCAGACCUGGAAUCUACAACGUCACACAUCUCAAAGCGCCCGGUGUUCCUGGCUGAAGAAACCCCGUACUCCAUCCCUACGGGAGGCCCGUCCUACCAGGACCUGUCGGAGCCGCCCCCCGUCCCCCCUCCACCCUCAGCCGAGGCUCUGAACGGAUCCCUGGAUCAGCCGGACUCCCACCACUCCUCUCAGCAAUCUUUAGGCUCGGCCCAGAAGAGCUCGUGGUCCCGGGACAGCAGCAGCUCUCCACUGUCUCACGUUGAAGAGGACCACGUUUACAGUUUUCCAAACAAACACAAGACGUCGGACUCGUCAUCGACGGCCAUGACCUCUGCCCUGGGCAGUAACCUGUCUGAGCUGGACCGGCUCCUGUUGGAGCUGAACGCCGUGCAGCAGAGCUCUCCGUGCUUCCCCACCACAGAGGAGGCGGCUCCACCGCUGCCGUCCUGCAGCAUCACACACUAUGAGAACGGGAACGGCCCCGACGUCCACCUGAGCCCCCAAACCCAAGAGAAACCAAAGAGGAACGGAACAAAACUGGAGGAAGGCCGACCGACGGUGGAGAGUCUGCUGGACGAGUUGGAGGGCUCCGUGCCGUCACACAGCCCUUCCACACAACACGGGGAUUUGGAUACGACAUCUCAACAGCAGGCCAGAAUCUCAGCUUCCUGCGCCACCAGAGAGCUGGACGAGCUGAUGGCGUCGCUGUCCGACUUCAAGAUUAUGGCCCAGGGGAAAGGAGUUCCUGGUGGAAACCCCACUCAGGUCAACAAGCUGGACAACAUGCUGGGCAGUCUGCAGUCUGAUCUCAACAAGCUCGGGGUGCAGACGGUCGCUAAAGGGGUUUGUGGAGCCUGCUGCAAACCCAUCGUGGGACAGGUGGUGACUGCCAUGGGCCGUACGUGGCACCCCGAGCACUUUGUGUGCACUCACUGUCAGGAGGAGAUCGGCUCCAGGAACUUCUUUGAGCGGGAGGGCCAGCCGUUCUGUGAGAGGGAUUACCAUCACCUGUUCUCCCCGCGCUGCUACUACUGCAACGGACCCAUCCUGGACAAAGUGGUGACGGCGCUGGACAGGACGUGGCACCCAGAACAUUUCUUCUGCGCUCAGUGUGGAUCUUUCUUUGGCCCAGAAGGUUUUCAUGAAAAGGAUGGAAAAGCGUAUUGCAGAAAGGAUUACUUUGACAUGUUUGCGCCGAAGUGCGGCGGCUGCGCCAGAGCCAUCCUGGAGAAUUACAUCUCAGCGCUCAACUGUCUCUGGCAUCCAGAGUGUUUCGUCUGCAGGGAAUGCUUCACCCCGUUUGUGAAUGGGAGUUUCUUCGAGCACGACGGCCAGCCCUACUGUGAAGUUCACUACCACGAGCGCCGGGGAUCGCUCUGCUCCGGCUGCCAGAAACCGAUAACGGGACGCUGCAUCACGGCCAUGGCCAAGAAGUUCCACCCGGAGCACUUCGUGUGUGCCUUCUGCCUGAAACAACUCAACAAAGGCACUUUCAAAGAGCAGAACGAUAAGCCCUACUGCCACGGCUGCUUCAUCAAACUGUUCAGUUAA